AUGUAAUAUCUAUGGCGAAAAUACCUAAUGCAGCGCAAACCACCACUCUAGGAUUGUUUCACACGGACGUGUUUAAAGUACGGACCCUACAAGCGGAAACGCCGUAUUGGUUCCGUGACGCCAAAGAAGUGUUAUCUCCUCGUCUAAUAAUUCAGCUACAAUGUCUGUGAAAUUGAAUGCCCUAAAUAGUGAUUCCUACACCGAUAUUGGAGCAUACAGAGACCAACAUUUUAAGGGUAAAUGUCAUAUACAAGAGAAGCUGCUGAAAGCAAGCCACACUUUGUAUGUAGGAAAUCUCUCCUUCUACACCACAGAGGAACAGGUUCAUGAGCUCUUUUCAAAGAGCGGAGAUGUGAAGCGCAUCAUCAUGGGUCUAGAUAAAGUCAAGAAGACAGCCUGCGGGUUCUGCUUUGUGGAAUACUAUACAAGGGGAGAUGCAGAACAUGCAAUGCGUUUCAUAAAUGGCACACGUCUCGAUGACCGUAUGAUCAGGACAGACUGGGACACUGGAUUUAAGGAGGGAAGACAGUAUGGACGUGGCAAGUCUGGUGGACAGGUAAGGGAUGAAUACAGACAGGACUACGACCCAGCCAGAGGUGGCUAUGGAAAGUUGGCUCAGCAGCACAGAGGUCCACAGUAGCUUUCUGUCCUGAUGCAUUGUGCCCCCCCCCCCCCCCCCCACCACCACCAAACAAUAUUACGACUGUAAAUCAGCAAUUUGAAGAAUCCAUUUUUUCACUAUUUCUGAUGUUGAAGCUGAGUGAUAAUUUUAAUGAGACGGUGAGAUCCUUGUCAGCCUCAUUAUACUUGUCUGCUGGAGGAACAAAAAGCAAGCAUGCCAUUUGAUGUGUUUUCCUUCAAAAACAUUACUUCAUUGGGAAUGUCCCAAAUUGUGUAUUGAUUUUUUUUAUAUAUAUAUAAAGUUAUACUUUUCUACCUCUGCCAAUGCUUUUUCAUUAUGUAGUUGGUAGUCCAUAUGAAUGAGUGACCACAAUCAAAUAAGAACUGCAUUUUCAUGAAGCCGAGUGGAGAUAUCUGAACAAUGAACAUUAAAUUUAAUCCUUCAUCUGUUGGUUUCCAUUAAAAAAAAAAAAGUAACGAGCAUUUGUACCUUUCAAGAUUGGAUUAUACAUUAUAAUGC